AUGUUUUUAUUUUUCCAAAUAUUUUUGAGUCUUUCCACACUGAUGAUAUCAACAUGUCAAGAAAAAAUCACAUUUAUUUCACUAACAAAUGCAUUUCUGGAAAAACUUGGAAACGAAACAUUUUAUAAUCGAUUUGCGGCACCUACACAAUAUGACGGUAAGAUUUGAUUAGAUAGUUCAGGAAGACACAUACAUAGAGAUCUUCUAGGUAAUUUUUGAAUUCAGUAAAAAAUUUUUUUUCAUUUUCAGGGAUUCCCACGAAUGUCACAUUAUCCAUGUUUAUUGAAGGAAUGAGUUCAUUCAGUGAGUUUUGGGUUACGGUGGAUAAAUUUAAGAUAUUUUUGAAUCUUUGUGAUUUUACUCAUAUUAGGUACUAUUUUCAGGUGCUCAAACAAUGGAUUAUAGUCUCGACGUAUAUUUUCAAGAAGAGUGGUAUGAUCAUCGUUUAGCUCAUAAUGAUACCGCUCCGAUUUUGGUGCGAGAUCUGGCGGUUUUCAAGAAAAUGUGGCACCCAGAUGUAUAUUUUGCUAAUGCAAGAUCAGCAGCUUUUCAGGUACUUCGUUUUUUUUUGCAAAUAAACAUUACCCAAAAAAUAUGCAAAUUGUAUUUAUAUUUUGCCUCCAGGACAUCACCGACGACAACUUCCUAGUUUGGAUUUUUCCGGAUGGCCGAGUUUGGUAUGACGCGAGAAUUUCAAUUGUGAGUUAAGUUGAAAGACUUCUUUCUGUCAAAAUAGAAACUAAAAAAAAACAAAAGACUUGUCGUAGGUGAGCUCAUGCAAUAUGGAUUUGUGGAAGUAUCCUUUGGACUCGCAGGAAUGCGCUUUACGAAUAUUGUCAUAUGCAUAUCCAAUAACUGUUCUACGUCUACUUUGGUCGACUAAAGAUAAUUUGCCAGCAAUUGACAGUAAUCCUGAUAUCACAAUGCCUGAUAUGACCUUGAAAAAUAUUAAAACUGGAUAUUGUAAUGGAACAUAUGCUACUGGUAAAAUACGGGGAAAACUGAAAAGUUUUAUAAAAAAAAUAAACAAUUUGAAAGAAAAUAUAAUUUUUUUUUGAUUUUGAUAGGGCCCAUGUGAAUGAAGUUUGCUAAUUCAAAUAACUUCAAAACAUUUUUUAGGGGAAUGGAGUUGUAUGACAGCAACAUUUUACGUUGAACGAGAAAGGAUGCAUCAUAUAAUGCAAACUUAUGUCCCAACUGCUCUAAUAGUUGUAAUCUCCUGGUUCAAUUUCUGGCUAGAAAUUGAUUCAGCUCCAGCAAGAGUUUCUUUGAGUAUCACCACACUUUUGACAAUUUCAACACAAGCAAACGCGCUAAAAUUGGCACUUCCAGAAGUCAGUUAUAUGAAAGCUAUUGAUGUUUGGAUGGGCUUUUGUAUGGUAUGUUUGAAAUCAAAACCCUUCAUUUUCAAAAAAAAACCAUUCAGGCAUUUGUGUUUGGAGUAAUGAUCGAGUUUACGAUUUGUCAUUAUGCGAAAAAUCUGGAAUUAUUACGAGGAGAUGCUCAACCAUCAUUGCUUGUCGACACAGCUUUGUCAACGCUUUUUGGAGCCGCAAGGGAUAUUGAUGAUCUGGUGCGAAAAGUGAAAAAAUCAUUAAAAACAUCAAGAAUCCUUUUACGUUUCCCCUAUGCAUGAUUUUUUGUGCGCUUCUUAUUCUGUUCCAAAUGUUCUGUCAUUCAAAAAUAAUAAUUCAAAAAUGUUUCAGAAUGAAGAGGAGAUUGCGAUGCGACCAUCUUUGAAUUUUCUUAAUCCAGAAGAGCCCAGAUUAAGAUCCUUAAAUCAUCAAGGAAAUGAUAUCGCAGCAAAUGGCACAAAGUGAGUCACGGUUUUUCAUUGAAAUAGUAGAUACCUUUCACAGAAAUUCAGAAAAAUUAAUAAAAUUGUUGGGACCAAGCGUGAUAUUUCGAAAUAAUUUUCUAAUUUUCUAAUUUUUUGUGAUAAUUAGCCACGAGUCAAUUUUUGAACAAAAAACUUGUAAUUUUCUAUGAAAUUGAUUGUAAUUCUUGUUCUUAACAUCUUACGAGAACGCAGACUGUUAAAUGCAGAUCUUUUUUUUUAAUUGGUAAGUUACAGAUUUGGAAUAAUCCAAAAUUGUAAAAUUUUAUUAACACUGUUAAAAAACAAAAAUUUGUGUUGUUGGAUGACGUCAUCCCGCCCGAAUAAAAAUUUCGAUUUGAGCGGGUAGCUAACAAAAAUCUAAAUAUUUAUUUUCGAAAAAGUAAAAAGUUACAGAUUUGGAAUAAUCCAAAAAUGUAAAAAUGAAGUCGAUGAGUUGAGACCUAAUUGUAAAUGACACUUCCUCUCAGGCUUAGGCUUAGUAAGCCACCCAGAAGCAACAGAUAAUUAUACUCCAGCAGGCCUUUUAAAACAAGGAAAAUUUGCAAACUUAAAAAAAAAAGAAAAAUACAAAUCGAACUGCAAUUUUUUUUGCGCUGCAAUAACAGGCAAAAAAAAGCGAAAAAAGCAAAAAGUGAUCUGCAGGAAGUGGGAUUCGAACCCACGCACCCAUACGAGUACCAGAACACCCAGUGUACCUCGAACUCACGAGGCAAGCGAAUUGCACGCUUGAGUCUGGCGCCUUAGACCGCUCGGCCAUCCCUGCAUGUUUUGAGAUGCUAGAAAAAUCUCUAUAGAAAAUGGGGAAAAAUGAGAGAGUGAGACGGAGAGAAAAAAGUACAAAGAACAUUUUUUGAGAGUUUUUUCCUUGCAAAAAUUAUUUAAAUUGAGCUUACUUGCAGGUAUUUCGUUGGUGCAGAUCGAAUGAAACGUAAACGAUCAAAAGCAUCACUUUCACGUCUCAGACAACAGGUAGCAAGCAUGCGUCACGCCGUGAGUUUUUCGCUUUUUUUUUCAUUAAGUUUGUUUUCUUGUGAUUUUUUCAGUUAUAAUUUUACAACAAGUCUGAAUAUGAUGAAAAACCAAAUUUCACAGUUCCAAUAAAAAACCGAUAAAUUAAUUUAGACUGUUGACGUAUCUCGACGAGCAUUUAAUUGGACUCGAGCACUUCGAAAUUUACGUGGUCGACGUGUUGCACAACGGAUUGAUGAAAGGUAUUUGAAGUUUCUUAAAACAUCAGUGAUAAAUCUAUAAAUUCCAGAUGUCGAAUCAUUUUCCCACUGGUCUUCUGUUUAUUCAACUUAGCUUAUUGGAGUUUUUAUCUUUUGUUGAAUUGA